AUGCGCAUCACCCGCACUCGCGCACUCGCCCGCGAUGUCCUCGAUCGCGUCGCGUCGUGCGCCUCGGUGUCCACACGAGCGCUCUCCUCGAGCGCGUCGUCCUCCGCCGGCAUCGAUUUCGAUGUCGUCGUCGUCGGCGGUGGGCACGCCGGCGUCGAGGCCGCGGCCGCGGCAUCACGAAGAGGCGCUCGCGUCGCUUUGGUCACCCCGAACCCGAACGGGACGAUCGGGGAGAUGAGCUGUAACCCCUCUGUCGGCGGCUUGGGCAAAGGGACGCUCGUGAGAGAGGUCGACGCGCUGGACGGAUUGAUGGGUCGGAUCGCCGACGCGAGCGGGAUCCAGUUCAGAGUGUUGAAUUCGAGCAAAGGACCUGCGGUGCGAGGGGCGAGGGCGCAGAUGGAUCGCGAGCUAUACAAGAAAGAGGCGCUGCGGUUGGUGAGCGGCAUCGGCGGCUUGGAGGUCGUGGACGCGGCCGUCGUGGAUCUCGAUCUCGAGAGUUCGAACGAGGGCGGAGGGAGAGUGCGAGGGGUGAUGUUGGACACCGGACGCGCGCUUCGCUCGAGGACGGUGGUGAUCACGACGGGGACGUUUCUGAACGGCGUACUACACAUCGGAUCGAAACGCGUCGUGGCGGGGCGUUUAGCCAAUGCAAGCACGGAGAAUGCGGACGUUCAGGCGGGUAAGGCGGCGCAUAGUCUAGCAAAGACGCUUUACGGCGUUGGAUUCGAUAUGGGGCGGAUGAAGACGGGAACGCCGCCGAGACUGGAUGGGAACUCAAUUGAUUGGGCGGCUUGUCAGCCGCAACCUGGCGACGAGCUUCCGAUCCCCUUCACCUUCACAUCAUCGAGCAGACGGGUCGGCGCCGAGCCUUGGAGACCAACGGCGCCGCAGAUAAUGUGUCAUAGCACGUACACCACACCGGAGACGGAAAAAUUCAUCGCCGCGGCUCCGAAGUCCAAGUACGAGCUCGACAUGGAGGGAUCGCCAACGACACCGCGGUACUGCCCAUCCAUCGAGUCCAAAGUGAGAAGGUUCCCGGGACGAAAUCAUCGCGUCUGGCUCGAACCCGAAGGACUCAACACCAGCGUCGUGUACCCGAACGGGAUCACGAAUAACCUGGAGCCGGAUUUGCAGGUGAAAAUGGUGCGAACAAUUCCUGGUUUAGAGAAAGUCGACAUUUUGAAACCCGGUUACGGCGUGGAGUACGACUACGUUGACCCGCGAGAGCUGAAAAUAAAUCUGGAGACGAAAAAAGUUCGAGGCUUGUUCUUGGCGGGGCAAAUCAACGGUACCACUGGAUACGAAGAGGCAGCGGCGCAGGGUAUCAUAGCCGGCGCAAACGCUGCGAGUACGGAUGGGGAAGAAUUCAUACUUCCUCGAUACUCGAGCUAUUUAGGAGUGCUCGUCGACGAUUUGACGAGCAGAGGAACGAGCGAGCCGUAUCGCAUGUUCAGUUCGCGCGUGGAGUACAGGCUGAGCAUUCGAUCGGAUAACGCGGAUCUCCGUCUCACGGAACUCGGCGAGCGAUUUGGUCUCGUCUCCGCCGAGCGCGCGCGCGCAGGUGCGCGACGAAGCGCUCUUGUGAAGCAAGCUAGCGAAGCACUGGACGCGAUCUCCUUACUUCCGUCGCGCUGGCAGUCAUAUGCGCCCGAUUUGCCGAUAGCCAAGCACGGCAGACCUCUGAGCGCGUCAAACAUGCUAUCUCAACGUUGGGACAUCGAUGAGAUCCUUCGUGCCGCGACGGACGCUCUUGGUGCGUCUGACGCACGUGUACAAGUACUACAUGCCGUGAACGGUGAAGAUCGUAGCGCAUUCGAGUGUGCGGCAAUCGAGGCGUAUUACAGGCCGUAUGUGGAACGCCAAGCGCAGGACAUCGAAGAUAUCAGGAGGGAGGAAGAGCUCGUGAUUCCCGACGCAUUCGAUUAUUCCACGAUCGAUAAUCUGUCCUUGGAGGACCGAGAGAAGCUUGAGGCCGUCCGUCCGACCACUUUCGCGCGGGCGAGUCGAAUAUCGGGCGUCACGCCUGCAGCGCUGCUAUCGCUGUUUCGCGUGGUGACAAGGAAGAAACAUAGAAAUUAG